AUGGGUUGGACCCGAUCGUGGAAUGUCGUUUCGGCCAUUAAGCUCCUCCUCGACCCGUUCCUCGGCGCCGUGGCUGGCCUGUGCUGCCUCGUACUGAUCAUCUCCAACCAGUACCGCGCCAACAAGGCCCCAUCCGGCUACAAGCACGGCUACCAACCGGCCCUGCUCCCACAAUGCUUGCCCCCGAAUCGGCCUCAACCGGAAGUGCCGAGGCCGGUGUCUUCUAACUACACUUCCACCUACGCCGCCACCCCUCGAUUUGCUUGU